AUGCCAACUGUAAUCGAAAGCAUACACGAGGAUCUCAGCAGUGAUGAAGAAGACGAGGAGGAGAACUUUCGAACCAAACAACUCUUUUUAUUUGCUUGGCAAAUUGCUAAAGGAAUGGUAAUUACUAUACUAUUAUUUACUGAGAAACGUUGCUUCCAUUCAGGUUUUGUUUUCAUCCUUCAAAGAUCGUUAUCAAAGACUAUUCCACAGGCAAGAAAUAAAGGAUAAAUAAGUUAAUUUUCUCGAUGAUUAAUGGUUUUUAGAGGAGAAAUUGUCAUAGUCGAUCGAACCAAAUUCGGCAUGUUUUGUCUGAACUUGAAUCAGCCGUUUAGAUCAGUUCAGUUGUGAUAUUCUACUUUUAAUUAUUGGCUCCUAUAAUUUUCACGCCUUCACCCAUGCCUUUUUAGGCAAUAUAGUAGCCCCGUAACUGAAGUUAUAUGGUACUUAUUUUCAUUUUUUCCCUUUCUUUUUUAAAAUUAGAAUCAUCUCGCCGAAAACAAUCUUGUUCACAGAGACCUUGCUGCCCGAAAUGUUCUUGUUGGCCAUGACAACCAAAUCAAAGUGUCAGACUUUGGGUUGAUGAGACAAAUCUAUGAAGAUGUGAGCAGCUCAGCGAAGUCCAAAAAACUUCCUGUAAAAUGGAUGGCCCCCGAAGCACUUUAUCAAGGCCUUUACACCACCAAAAGUGAUGUGUGAGUAUAAAAGAAAUCCCACUCUUUAAAACACAUUUCGAUAAAUUACUGCUCAGAAAACCUCAGUCAGCUUCCCUAAAAGUCGUGAUCAGCGAGUUUAUUUCAAACUGAUCUAGAAUUUCAGUGGUUAUAGUGGCUGAUUUCGUACUUGUCAAUAUAAUUUCGACUCGGGGCUACAUAGUUUGCAUAUAAGUCCUGAGCGAGAGCGGCGUCUGCUGAAUUCUUAAUUCGGAGUGUAUGUUACGAUCAUUUAGUUACGAUUAUGCGGCAGACCCGUCACCUAAAUUGGUAUUCAGUUCCGAUCCCUACUCUUUUAACUUUGCUAGGCCAUUGGCUAAGGGCUUUUAGCAGCUGAGGCCCGGUGUCAUAGGGUUCAGUCAAGGGCGAAAGCAUGGAAAGGUGGAGAUACGCCCUUUUGACUUAAGUUCACCAAGUAAAAAGAAGAGAGGAAAAUUAAUGUUAAUGCAGUGGGAAUAUUCACGACCUCUGUGCUUUUCUCUAUAGUUGGUCUUUUGGUGUUGUUCUUUGGGAGAUGGCUACAUUGGGUGAGUAGACCGUCAGACACUAAUCAUGUUAACUUCCAAGGGGAGGGGAAUCCCAAGAACUCUCCUCCCUGUUGCCACGGGUUAUAUGACUUGAAUUGUGCGACUGAUAUCAAAGGACGACACUGGGACUUAAAGAGUGAGUCCUUAUUAAAUAAGGUUAUUGUUACCAGGAAACAGGCUUAUACCUGAUGACUUUUAUUUGUGGCGAGCUAGGCGCUUUUGUUUUGAACUAGGCUCUAUGUCUGAUAAGUGAUUAUAUAUCGGCAUCAAAUGUGCACGCAUUAGUUGUUUUCUGGAAAGAGGAGCCUUAUUACUAAACACCCUGUUUUCUUUGAAGACACAUUUCAAUGCAAUUCUGACCCCUGCUCAAUCACUAUUCUAUUGCAAGACGGCAUCAUUGAGUGCGGGGGAAUGAAGAGUCGUCGACAUUGACAUUCACAGGAGAAAGCUAUGCAGGGGAAUGAGCCGUAUUUUCAAAUAAUAACAUGUAUAUUUUUUCUUUCGCAUAACGUGAUCAGGAGGCGUACCAUACCCCACGCUGACCAACUCAGAGUUGUAUCGACUGCUUGGCACUGGUUAUCGCAUGGAAAGGCCUGACAUGUGCUCCGAUGAUGUGUACGUUUCUUGAUCAGAAUCGUCUUAGAACUGACAAAAAGAUUCGAUUUUCCGUGCGUCUUUUUAGUUUUAAAUAGCCUUGAAAGUCCCAGAGGACAAGUCGGUUUCGAUUUUGACGUUUUCUUUGAUCAAAGUGAUUACUGAACAGACAGACGGCAAAAUCUUAGCUUAAAUAUUUGUUUCAUACAGUAAUAUGAUAGUGUUAUUUAACAGAGAUCGACAAAGCAAGAAUUAGCCUGCGAGCAAGUUCUCCAUUUGGGCGAGGAAAACGAACCGCGCGAGUACGCGCGAGCAGGGAGCCCCUCGCUGUCGUGUUUACUCUGGCGUGUCGCACGUGCGUGUACUUGAGGAGAUCCCCCAAAUGGAGAGCUUGCUUGCAGGCUUGGCAAGAAACCGACAAGCCUAAUGAUCCGGCGUGAGUGGCUCCCAGCUGGUCUUAAGGAAACCUCUUCCACUAAAUCGGAAAAAUGAUGUCUAUACAUGUAAUAAAUGGAUUGGAACUCUGACUAACUUCAAUUGGUUUGUUUUUUUUGUUUGUUUGUUUGUUUGUUUUUGUCCAUAACAGAUAUGAGCUGAUGGCUGACUGCUGGAAAGAGGAACCUCGCUCUCGUCCCAGUUUCUAUCAACUGAUCGAAAAACUGGAGGUGAUAAUGGAGAGGGAUGCACCAUACUUGCAUCUAAAUGAACACAAUGAAGAUCGUCCAUAUUACAACGUGCCACCUGAAGCUAGUGAUGAUUAA